CUUUGCUGUAGGUUUAGCUCUGAGUUCAAAUAUUGGUAAUUGUUAGGUCGAACAUCGAAUUUAAUUUCAUCACACAAAAGAAAUGAUAAGAAAUAAAUGGAUGAUAGGAAAACUGAUGGGGCAACGUCGGUUUAUGGGGAAGGCAUCGUUAACAACGCCUCUCCUCUUCCAGUCAAAGCGACUCUGUUUCUCUGUCCUCUAUCUCUUCACCACUCUCUUCCUAGCUCUCUACGUCUCCCUCUCCCCCACCAAAUGCAUCUUCAGAUCAUCACCCUUCGAUCCUAUCCAAGCACCUCUCUUCUCAUAUCCACCCAAUUAUGGGGAACACAAGUAUGCAAUCUCAACUGUCCGAUCUUCAUGCACUGCCCCUGUUCAUUUCUCAGAUUAUUGGAUGGUUUUGAAGAAAAUCCAAGAUUCGUGUCGGAAUUCUACCAUAUUUUUGCCGGGUCUGAGGUAUAUACAGGGCAAUGCUGAUACGUUCGGAGGAAAUUUCAGUACCCAGAAGAGGAUUUCCUAUUUUGAUCAUAGAGAUGAUGGGAAGGAAGUUCCUUGCGGAUUCAUGAAGGAAUUUUCGAUCAGUAAAUCUGACAGGAUAGCUAUGGAAAAGUGCGGAAGCGUGGUAGUAGUCUCAGCGAUCUUUGCUGAUCAUGACAAAAUCCGGCAGCCGAAAGGCCUCGGAUCCAGAACUCUAGAAAAUGUAUGUUUCUUCAUGUUCGUGGAUGACACCACCCUCAAGGGACUUGAUUAUCACAAAGUAAUUUCCACUCAGUCUCAAGAAUAUAAGGUUGGCGCAUGGAGACUUGUUAGAGUUUCAAGCCAGCAUUUGUACAAGAAUCCGGCAAUGAAUGGAGUGAUACCUAAAUACCUGGUUCACAGGCUUUUUCCCAACUCAAAAUACAGUAUCUGGGUGGAUGCAAAGCUGCAGUUGGUGGUCGAUCCACUGCUGUUGAUUCAUUCACUUGUUAUAUCAGAAAAUGUGGACAUGGCCAUUUCAAAACAUCCCUUCUUUGUCCACACUCUGGAAGAGGCAAUGGCUACUGCAAGAUGGAAGAAGUGGGGGGAUAUUGAAUCGUUAAAGCUGCAAAUGGAAACAUAUUGUGGGCUUGGCUUGAAGCCAUGGACGCAGGACAAACUCCCUUAUACCUCAGAUGUACCAGACAGUGCCUUGAUCUUAAGAAAGCAUGGAAUGAGGAGCAACCUCUUCUCCUGCCUACUGUUCAAUGAGUUGGAAGCAUUUAACCCAAGAGACCAACUGGCAUUUGCAUAUGUAAGAGAUAAGAUGAGGCCUAAAGUAACGAUGAACAUGUUUGAGGUCGAAGUAUUUGAGCAUAUUGCUGUGGAAUACAGGCACAAUCUCAAGCACAGUGGGACAAAACUCCCACAAAGCUCCAAGACCAAGAGGGCCAGCCCUGAUUUGUUUGCAAAUGGGACUUGCAGCAUGUGCGAGAGUUACCUUUUGGAGAUGUGGGGUGAGCCUCGUAAUUGACCUUGUCCCAUUCUUUGUCUCCAUUCAUUGGUAAAUGUUGUAGAGAAAUAAGAAGAUUAAAAGAAGCUGAACCACCCAACUACCUUUCACGCCCAAAAGCUGACAAAGGCAGGCUUGCAGUAUCUGGGCAUCUUGAUAUCAUAGGGAAAUUGUACUUAUUUGUCACUCUCAGCUGCCAGGAUGAGGGGCUAGGGAGGACUUUAAAAGUAGUUCUUAGACAUUGUUUGAAAAAAAAGGGACCAAAUUGAUACCUAAUACAAAGUGCGCUGUGGAUGGGUUAUUGAAAAUA